CCGUGUCUAAACCAUGAAGAAAAACUUCCUUGUAUUAAAAGAGCGUAUCAUGGACAACCUGGACGUCUGUGGCGGAAGAUGUAUUCACUUUGGCUUUUAACGUGUCAUACAGUAAAGCCACAUCUAUGUAAACAUAGCAUGUGCUGUUCAGUGCUGUGAAACCGAGGAACUGAAAGACAACCAUCCAAAACAAUGAUCAGACCAUAGAACCUGUUUGCUAUCAGACAUUGUGAAAACAAAAUCAGAGUCACAUCCGAAAACACAUCUCACAGAUUAAAAACUGGUAUUAGCAGCCAUGUUGUCAUUUUGUGUGGCUUUCCUGUUUCUCUGCACUGGCCACCUGCCAUCGAGCUCCUCCGCCCUACCAUUCGAGCAAAAAGGUUUCUGGGACUUUGGCAAGGACAUUGACGUAGAAGAGCUGAUGAUGAUGAUGAAAGACCAGGAAGAAGGCUCAGCUGUGGAUCCGUAUGAACCCGAUCAGGUCACGUGUCCGUUCGGAUGUCGGUGCAACCUCAGAGUGGUCCAGUGCUCAGAUUUAGGUUUGCGUUACGUUCCUCAUGGUAUUCCUUCGGACACGCUGUUGCUGGACCUGCAGAGCAACAAGAUCAUAGAGAUUAGAGAGGGAGACUUUAAGGGCUUGAGCAACCUUUAUGCCCUGGUAUUAAGAAAUAACCAGAUAUCCAGAAUUGACUCGAGGGCAUUCCUUCAUUUGAAGCGUUUGCAGAAAUUAUACAUCUCGCACAACCUUCUAACCUCCAUUCCCAAAAACCUGCCUUCAUCUCUGGUUGAGCUGCGUAUCCAUGACAACCGCAUCAACAGGGUGCCGGCAUUGAGCUUCUCGGGCCUCCACAACAUGCAUGUCAUUGAAAUGGGUCGCAAUCCUCUCCGAAACAGUGGUUUCGAACCGAAAGCAUUUAUGGGAGUGAAACUGAACUACCUGCGCAUUUCCGAAGCCAAACUUACUGGUAUUCCCAAAGACCUUCCCAGCAGUCUUCAUGAGCUUCAUUUGGACAAUAAUCAGAUUCAGGCCAUUGAGCUGGUGGAUCUCAGCCAGUACACUCAACUGCAGAGGUUGGGCCUUGGCAGUAACGAGAUCCGCCACAUCGAGCCUGGUGCUUUGUCCUAUUUAACCGGCCUGAGAGAAUUGCAUCUUGACAACAACCGUCUGCCUGGAGUGCCCAGCGGACUGCCUCAUAUGAAGUAUCUACAGGUUGUCUACCUCCAUUCAAACAACAUCACUGAGGUCGGGGUGAAUGACUUCUGCCCUACAGGUUUUGGAGUAAAGAGGGUAUUCUACAAUGGCAUCAGUCUCUUUGACAACCCAAUCAGAUACUGGGAGGUGCAGCCUGCUGCUUUUCGCUGUGUCAGUGACCACAUGGCCGUACAGUUCGGCAACCACAAGAAAUAAAAAUACACUCUUGGAAGAUUAUACAGUUCAUCCGAGGGAAGAUUGAUUAAGGAGACAUAAAAGGGCCUGCAAUUUUGUUAAACAUUUAAGCCAAGAUGGCUUCAUGGAAAAGAAAUGAUCAAAAUUCCAUGGAUUUGGAAGAAACAUGGACAUUUGGAAGAAGUGUAAACUCUAUUUAAAGAAAUUCUUUCAACCAAAAGUAGUAACAGAGCCACUGGUAAACAAAGUUUGAAACUAUUCAUGUGUAUAAUUCCCUGCUGAAUAAUGAAUUGACAUUAAUGAAUAUGUAUUCUAAUUUAGUUGACUAAUCAUUACUCGAAAGUCUAUUAACAGCUUUAUUUGUUUUACUUUUCAUCUUUUAAUUAUAGAUAAAUUUACAGUUUGUCAUUCUG